CCCUCAACCCCUUGAGAGUUGACAUAUUUAAUCCUAGUUAUCCAAUUUCCCCAACCCAAGUUUAAAAGCCCACUUAUCUUGACCAAAAGUCAAACAUGAUUUGCCUCCCAAAACAAAAAGUCAAAAACAUAAAUUUAACUUACCCCCAAUAAAAAUCCGCCACGUCAUCCAAACCUAGCUGGAUUGGACCCCACUUGAUCACUACCUCGCCCAUAGAAAUUUUAUUGCCACAAGAAAAGGAAAAGAAAACCCUAAUUCACCGCUUUCUUUAACACCCAUAUCUUACUCAACUGCCACCUUCCAAUACCCAAAACUUGCAAACACAUUUUUUUCACCUUCUUUACCCGCCCAGUUACUCCCCAAGCGGUGACGGUUAAAAUUUUCUUUCUGGGUCUCGCCCAUAUGCUGGAAAAUCCAACUUUCCCGGAAAAUCUCCCGGAAAAUGGAGGUGGGUCGGUCCCGGUUGGGGUGGAGGAGGAGGAGAGAGUGAGAGGUGAAGAGGGUGACCGGAGCUGGCUAGGUAACCGGUGGCCGAGGCAAGAAACUUUGGCUUUGUUGGAGAUAAGGUCUGAUAUGGACUCCAAGUUCAGAGACUCAAGCGUCAAAGCUCCUCUUUGGGAAGAUAUUUCCAGGAAAAUGGGAGAGCUUGGAUACAAUAGAAGUGCCAAGAAAUGCAAGGAGAAGUUUGAGAAUAUUUACAAGUACCAUAAAAGGACUAGAGAUGGCCGGUCCGGGAGGGCUAAUGGCAAGAAUUAUCGGUUUUUCGAGCAAUUAGAGGCUCUGGAUCACCACUCAUUUGAUCCUCCUUCCAUGGAGGAAACAAGACCAACCACUAUCCCUCCAAAUAAUGUUGUUCUAAAUGCUAUCCCAUGUUCUGUCCACAAACCCGUGGAGGCGAAUUUUGACGAGAAUUCAUCAUCUAGCACGUCAUCUUCGGGAGAGGAAUCUGAAGGUGCACGCAAGAAGAAGAGGAAAUUGACGCGGUUUUUCGAGAGGUUGAUGAAGGAGGUGAUGGAGAGACAGGAGAGUUUGCAAAGGAAGUUCAUAGAGACAUUGGAGAAGUGUGAACAGGAUCGGAUAGCGAGGGAAGAGGCAUGGAAGGCGCAAGAGUUGGAGAGACUUAAGAGAGAGAGUGAGCUGCUGGUUCACGAAAGAGCUAUAGCAGCUGCAAAGGAUGCUGCUGUGCUUGCAUUUCUAAAGAAAUUCUCGGAGCAAUCUGAUCAAGUCCAGUUCCCCGAGAACCCCAUCGCGAGUUUUCAGAAAGAUGGUGAUAAACAGGAGAAGAGUCAAGGUGGAAACCUUGAGCAGGUUUCCUUGGAGAGUCAAGAGAAGGGUAGUAACCAUAGGAACUUUUCGCAGAUGAGCUCAUCCAGGUGGCCAAAAGACGAAGUUGAUGCUUUGAUUAGGCUGAGGACUAAUCUUGACGUGCAAUAUCAAGAUAACGGACCUAAAGGACCUUUAUGGGAGGACAUUUCCGCGGCCAUGAGAAAGAUCGGUUACGACCGGAGCUCGAAGAGGUGUAAAGAGAAGUGGGAGAACAUAAACAAGUACUUCAAGAGGGUAAAAGACAGCAAUAAGAAAAGGGUUGAGGAUUCGAAAACAUGUCCUUAUUUCUACCAGCUUGAUGCCUUGUACAAUAAGAAGACAAAGAAGGCUAAUGAUUCAGUUAAUUCUGGCUAUGAUUUGCGGCCCGAGGAACUUUUAAUGCAUAUGAUGGGAAGCCAAGAAGAGCAACAACAACGACAACUUGAGUCAGUUACUGAUCAAGAUGGUGAAGAAAGCAAUGACAAGGUUGAUGGGGAUGGUUAUCAGACUAAUACAGCUGAUAAUAAUCCUUCUCAAAUGACUGUAGAUAAUCCUCCUUCCAUGGAAACUAUGGGCUAAGGAUGGGACAAAUGACAGGCAAGUAUUUAUGUCUAAUUUUAGGAUUAGGCAUGGUUUUUAAUUUGGUUUAUGGUCUUGGGAUUUUUUUUUUUGGCAGAAAAUAGUGGUAAACAAUGGGCUUUUUCUAUUUCUAUGUGUAUAUGGUCAUUAUUUGUUGAAUAUGUCUCAAAAGAGGAGAGAUAGAGAGAGAGAGAGAGAAUAAGGAGGCUUGGUAUUGUGUACUUAAAAUAGUGCAAGCCUCUCCCCCAUGUGUGCAAAAGUUGGGAAUGGUUGUUUGCUUUUGUUUUGUAAUCAAUAAAAAAAUUGAGAGUCAGUGAUUAUGCUGCAAUUGAAAGUUGUAUUAUAUCUUUGGCAAAUAAAAGUAGUAAUUAUGUCACCCGUGGGCUAGUAAUAGCGGAUUCCUUGA